GACUUGGUUGUUUGCAAACCCAAAGAGCACUGCAAUGUAAAUUUAUCAAGAGAAUAAUAGGACGGCAUACUGAAAAUUGCGCAGGGGACGCGCAGAAAACCUCAGAAGCUUCUUUCAACUAAACUGCUUCCUGAACUCCUCGAGGCUCAGAAGUGCUGGAGCCUUUUCAUCCGUUUCAUCCUCUUCCACAUCGAUUGUGACACCAAUCUCCCCUUUCCCUCAGCUGAGGGAGCACCUGCCAUACUUCUGCUGUCCAGCACACUAAAGCAGACUGUUGGAAUGGCUACUAAACCUCAUCCACCGCUGAUGAAGAAACACAGUCAGACCGAUCUGGUGAGCCGACUCAAGACACGCAAAAUCCUGGGUGUCGGAGGAGAGGAUGAUGAUGGAGAGGUGCACAGGUCAAAGAUCAGUCAGAUGCUGGGCAAUGAGAUCAAGUUUGCGGUUCGAGAGCCUGUGGGACUGAGGUUAUGGAUUCUCUUCUCCGCUGUGGUUUUCACAGUCAUGGCCCUUAUGGCCCUAGCCUUCCCUAACCAGCUGUAUGAGGUUGUAUUUGAUCAAGAGCAAACAGUCACCAGUGUCUCCAUACGUCUUUAUGGAGGAGCCAUUCUCAGUCUGUCUCUGAUCAUGUGGAAUGGGCUGUACACUGCAGAGAAGGUCAUCAUCCAGUGGACAUUGCUCAGCGAGGCCUGCUACUUUGCGAUCCAGUUUUUAGUGACCUCCGUCACUCUGGUGGAGCUGGGCUCUCUUCCAAACGCUGCCAUCCUCCUUCUCCUCAGCCGCAUAUUGUUCCUCACCGUCACGCUCUCCUACUACUACCAUCUGGGACGCCGGCCCAAAAAGAUCUAAGAGGCAGCUUUCCACACAGCUGGUACUUGGGGAGUUGAGUUGAGGCCACUGGGCUGGAGUUUCCAAUAGAGGCUUCGAACAGUGAAAACACGGUUAGAAAACAUAAACCUGUUCACCUGGCGGACGACACCGACCCCAACGCCUUCAUUUUUAUUUCAGCUUACACAGAAUACGGGACCUUGCCUUCAGAGCAACUCCAUCUCUACUCUUUGUUUCCUAUUUUUUUUUACACUCACGAUGUGGUUAAAUUAUUUAGAUCUUUCUUUCAGACAGUGUAGCUCUUCUCUUUUUCAUGUAAAGUGUUGAACGCCGUAGCCAAGCUUGGCGUAGUUGUCUGUAGCUAACAAAACUCUAUCAUUUUCAUGUAAUACCAAUGAUUUAGUCAUGUGACGUGCGUGAGUUUGGCUAGAAAACAAUAGGAUUGUGUUUUUGGUGUUGGUCAUUCUGUAUUUGACCAGUUAAUUACCAGUGAAUCCAAAUGCUUUUUCAUCUGUUGAACACAAAAGAAGAUAUUUCGAAAAAUGUUGGGAGUCAUUGGCAUCUAUAGCAAGGAAAAAAAUACUAUGGAGGUCAAUUGCUAAUUUUCAACAUCUUCAAUGUGUGUUUUCAUUUGUGUUUAAUUGAAGAAAAAACUCAGGUUUGGAUCAAGUGGACAGUGAGCAAACGAUGACAAGAUUUAGAUUUCUGGGUGACUGUCUCUUUAAAAACUUGUCACUGGUUAUUGUGUGUUCAUUACCAUUUUAUCACUGAAUCAGGAACAGCAAGUUCUCAUAUGGAAAUUAUUAUGAAAAGCUGAUGAAAGCAUGACAGACAUAACAGGCUACUUUGUUAGCAUCUAUCUUGAAAGUCCUGCUAAUUAUCAUGUCUGCAGAUACUUAUUGUUUUCUGUUUCCAGUCUGUUUUCAGAAUAUAAAUAAACAAGAAACACUUUUCAUUUGCUUUUCGUAAUGCCACAGAACAUGGUUGUGUAGCACAAUGGCAUGUUUCGUCCAUUUUAACAAGCAAUGUAGCAGUAUUUUCCCUCAAAAUGUCCAUAAUAUUGCCUUAAUAUACUAAACUGCACAAGCGUUCUACAUGUCAGCACACUGCCAGGUGUUUGUAUUCUUCAAAGGAUAUGUAUAUAUUUAAUUUAUCCUGUUGAUUUGCAGAUUUCUAGUUGCUUAUUUAUUGGCCUACCCCAAAGUUCAUAUUUUUGUGGAAUCACUUGCAUGCUUGUUUAAUCAGAAUAUAACCUUAUAUGCCCUUGAUGACAUUUCUUGUGACAGUACUGCUGAGACUAACUGCGAAAUGAGCUGUGUGUCUGUAUUUACACGAUUGCUGCCUUGUCUGUAUUUCCUAUUAUUUUUGAUUGUCUAUUGAUAACAACAGUGAAAAUUCCCACUAAAGGAAAGACAGAAUCAGAAGCAUUUUAUAGCUUUAAUUGUACUGGAUAACUUAGAAGGAGUCCUGGAUGGAAGCAAUACAUUUCGCAAGAAGCUACAAGGGAAAAUACCUGUUGUUAAAUGUUGCCUACAUGGUGACUAUGCGUGAUGGAUGUUAUUAUAUGUGAUCAAGCUUCGGUGGAGAAAAGUGUGUUGUUUGUGUACAGUAUGUGGAAAAAAAAGUAGCAGUUUCUCUUUAGUAGGGUUUAAUUAGGCUUUUAAUUGUA